ACCUUCCCAUCUGGUUUGUCUUGUCAUUACAUUUACAGCCUCUUGAUACGAUCAAAUCUGUCUGAUUUUGAAUUUUGCUCACCGCCUUCCUUCCUUUCAUUGUUCCACACUGAGAGGAAUCAACUGGACAAGCAAGUCGUGAAGACAGUGCACUUAACUCUGGAUCUAACUGAGGACCCUGUCGAUUUUAAAACUAAUUUGGUGCUUCAUUUAAUGAAUCACUUCGAUGCUGAACGUAUAUUACAUGAUGAAAGUUUGAGCCUUGCUUGGUUGUAUGAGCAAAAAUGGAAAUAUACUUGUCCUGGGGAAUUGUCAUUGUGAGUAUAUGAAUAAAAUAUGAUGCAUACAUUGAAAAAUGUCCGUCAGGUAGUUGAUGGUUCAGUGGUUAAACGGUGAAAAUGUUGCUACGACCGAGUGUUUCAUGCUAAAAGGUUAUGAUAACAGACUUUUCAACAUGUACACCGAACAUGAGAGAAACAAAUUAUCUGUACUUACCGGGACAUCAGCCAACACGUAUAAACUGCUCAAUUCAAGACGUGCAAGUAUGAAAAACAACUCUUACUGCAGUUAGAAAGCGAGCCACAAGAUGGCGGCCGUCGAUUGUUUUCCAGUGAGGCGGGCUUGUUGGCGUGUGACGUCAGGAACUGUACAUUGUUUAGAGACGCCGACACUCGCCGAGGGACUUGUCCGGGUCCAAGUCUGCAGGCGGGAUGGUGGAGUGGGAAGUCAGUAGAGUUCCUGUGGCCGAGGAAAGAGCUCCGUGUGCACCUCCCGAGCCACGCAGACGGAAAAUGAGCCGCGGAGCGAUACACACAAAAGCUGAUCAGCUUCCCUGGAUUUCGCUGACAAGCUCAUUUAGUUUUGCCUGAAGAUGGAAACACUGGAGUCGGAGCUGACUUGCCCUAUUUGUCUGGAGCUGUUCGAGGACCCGCUGCUCUUGCCUUGUGCUCAUAGCCUUUGUUUCAACUGUGCCCACCGCAUCCUGGUUUCACACUGCACCCCCAGCGAGACCAUCCAGUCCAUAAACGCCUUUCAGUGCCCGACGUGCCGCUAUGUCAUCACUCUGAACCAGCGGGGCCUGGAAGGACUCAAACGCAACGUGACUCUUCAGAACAUCAUCGACCGCUACCAGCAAGCUUCUUUAAGUGGACCCAACUCUCCCAGCGAGACUCGGCGGGAGCGAGCCGUGCCCGAGAGCCGAGCCAUGUCGUCGCCGAGUGGCAGGGUGCAGUGUCAGUUCUGCGAGCAGGACCCACCGCAGGAGGCGGUGAAGACGUGCGUCACCUGCGAGGUGUCGUACUGCGACGAGUGUCUGAAAGCCACUCACCCCAACAAGAAGCCUUUUACGGGCCACCGCCUGAUCGAGCCGCUGCUGGACUCUCAUCUUCGCGGCCUCAUGUGUCUGGAACACGAGGAGGAGAAGGUCAACAUGUACUGUGUGACGGAUGAGCAGUUGAUCUGCUCUCUGUGCAAGCUGGUGGGUCGGCACCGGGACCACCAGGUCGCUGCUCUCGGCGACCGCUACGACAAGCUGAAGUCUUCAGGCCACUCUCUCUGUGUGGGCCGAGAUCGCUCGCUCCAGGAGGCAGACCAGCAAGCGUUGGACUCCAACCUCAGCAGUCUCAUCAAGAGGACCAGUGAGUUGGAAACGCUGAUGGGCAAACUCAUUCAGACCUGCCAGCAUGUGGAGAUGAAUGCGUCCAGGCAAGAAAACAAGCUGCUCGAAGAGUGCGACGUUUUGAUUAAUAUCAUUCAGCAGCGGAGACAAAUCGUGGCCACCAAGAUAAAGGAAGGGAAGUCCAUGCGGCUGAGGAAGCUGGCGCAGCAGAUCGCCAGCUGCAAACAGUGCAUCGAGAGAUCGUCCUCGCUCAUCGCCCAGGCCGACCAAACCCUGAAGGAGAGCGACCCGGCCCGCUUCCUUCAGUCCGCCAAAAGCAUCUGUGAGAGAGUCUCCAUGGCAACGGCGACGUCUCAAAUACUCUUGCCUGAGAUCAACCUGAACGACACCUUCGAUACGUUCGCUCUGGACUUCUCCAGGGAGAAGAAGAUGCUGGAGAGUCUUGAUUACCUGACAGCUCCAGAUCCGCCUGUAAUCCGGGAGGAAUUAUGUACCGCUUCAUAUGACACCAUCACGGUUCACUGGACUACGGAUGAUGAAUUCUCCGUCGUCUCAUACGAGCUGCAGUACGCCAUCUUCACCAACCAGUCCAACGUUGUCAGCUUGUGUAACUCUGCUGACAGCUGGAUGAUUGUCCCAAACAUCAAGCAGAAUCACUACACGGUUCACGGCCUCCAGUGUGGCACCAAAUACAUAUUCAUCGUGAAGGCCAUCAACCAGGCCGGAGCUCGGAGCAGCGACCCCGGGAAGCUGAAGACCAACAGUCAGCCUUUCAAACUGGACCCAAAGUCCGCCCACCGAAAGCUGAGGCUCUCCCACGACAACCUGACGGUGGAGAGGGACGAGACCUCGUCCAAGAAGAGCCACAGCCAGGACCGCUUCACCAGCCACAGCAGCUACGGCGUGACGGGCAACGUCUACAUCGACAGCGGGCGCCACUACUGGGAGGCGCUGAUCGGAGGCAGCACGUGGUUCGCCGUGGGGAUCGCCUACAAGUCCGCCCCAAAGCACGAGUGGGUGGGCAAGAACUCGGCCUCGUGGGUCUUGUCGCGCUGCAAUAACUCGUGGGUGGUGCGACACAACAGCAAGGAGAUGCCCAUCGAGCCCUCCCCGCACCUGCGGCGGCUGGGGAUACUGCUGGACUACGACGCCGGCUUCCUGUCCUUCUACGACGCCGUCGGCUCGCAGCACCUGCACACCUUCGACAUCACCUUCGUCCAGCCGGUGUGUCCGGUGUUCAACGUCUGGAACAGAUGCGUCACCAUUCUCAGCGGCCUCCCCAUCCCUGACCACCUGGAGCUACCCGACUACAACUGAGGGCCUCCGUGGACCCUAAACAAAGAAUGAAAUAUGCAAAUAUUGGCUCAGGUGUGCGUUCCCACUAACGCCAGCAUCCGUAGAUAUGGCAUUUUUUUCUGUCGCGGUUUUGCAAUUGUGUUCCUGUGUGUAGGCGCCAAGCAAAGACUGUUUCCUUGUUAUAAAUAGCACUUUGAAAGCACAGAUGAUGUCACAGUUCAGCGUACAGUUUAGCCGUUCCUCUGUCGUGAGCCCUCUCGAGCUGUGGCAGCUUCAUAAUGAGAGUGGGCCGGGCAGGUCGGCAGGUCAUCGCAGGGCAAACACAGAGACACACCUGGGUGGAAAUGUUUGUGAGAUGAAGUCACUGUUCAAGAGCUGUGGCGAGUCACGUGAGUCCUGCUAUGAAAGAUUCAUGAACGACAGAGAAGGCAACACAGUCGUGUGCACUGCGAGAACAUUCUCCUAAAAAAGGGCCGUAAAUGCGUCAGACGACCUUGAAGCUAUCGACCAGGAUCCAGUUACGCACAGAGAAAUUCAUCCUCCGCGUACACUGACACGGUGAGACUUGGUUUCUCCGACGCUCCACAUUCAUUCAACGUGAUGGGAAUCACUGCUGUCCAGGUUUCAUCUCUGGCUCUCUGUUUGGUUCGAUUGAAGGCCUCAUACGGUGCAGUCAAACCAUCGGAGACAACUAUGUUGAACAUAUGGGGAGUGCAACAAGAGAGGAUGAGUGAGAUUUGUAUAAAAGCAAAAAUAAGUUAGAAUCACUGUCAUGCUGGAAACACCAUCCAGGAUUGGAAUAUCUAAUAUGCUAUCAUUGAGUUUUUUAUCGUAAAACAAAAAAAAUGUUUGCUUUUUAAAAUAAGUACAAUUCACAUUCAAUCCAAAGUUUUCUUUGAGAGAAGCGUCUCCCCAAAGUUCUGGUGUGCAAGGUAGCACUUUAGAUGAGGCGACAUGUACCACCAUAAAUGUGUAGCAAGUCAGCCAGUUGUUAGUGAGUAGUAAGUGUGGAUUAGCGUCUUGUUAAUAAGCUUUACACUGGGAUGAUCAUGUCACUCAAAAGCGCACUAUAAUGACUGAUUAUUAACGCUGUGUAAGAGAGUAAUUGGUUAUUAAUGAUGAUUUGUGUUCCCGUAUCUAAAGUGCAAUGAUUCAAGUCAAGUCUCCUCUUCCAGGCCACGAAUAAACAUUUAGGACCCAACAAAUCUUGAGAUGAAUUAUGAGCAUUGUUUAGUAUUAAAGUUGCUGUUUUCAGAAAUAAUUCCUCCAUGUUGUCAUGGCAACAGCCCGAGCUUGGAUUGGAUCGAAGUGUCUCGGGCGCUUUCAGGUUCAGGUUCCCUCUUUUAGUCUUCACUUCCUGUCACAUGUGGCUGUGCGAACUGGCUCGGUUCAGACUCAGGACCUUGAGUGUGUGACUCAUUCCCAGCUCCACCUUGUAUGUCACUGAUCGACCAGUAGUUGUCCUCUCCCCCCUCCUCAAACAUCCUGUCGACGCUCUCUCAUACUCUCGAUCCCGGUAUCGGCCUCUGCACAUGUCCGAUCACACUGUCGAAGCAAAGAUCUGUGUCCUGACGGGAGGCGUGACGUGUGAGGUCGAACCUUGUCGCGCCGCCUUUGCUCCACCACCCUCUGCACUUCACGUUAUUUAACAUUUUGAUGAUACUCUGUAAAACCAACAGCAACUUUAAAAAUCAAUUUUUACUGCCCGCUCAGCUCCGCGGGACUCGCCCCGACCCUCGCUGAGCCAAUAUAUAACGGGAGAUGAGAUUUGCUCUGACAAGUCUUUUUGUUCGCGUGUAACGUGGCUUGAAUUCCGCAGUGACUCCUCCAAACUCCAGCCGACAAGAGGAAAAACAUUCAUCAAGAGAACUCUGUGCGACCUCUCCGUGAGAUGCCCCGCAGACAGGACUGCCACAAGGACUGGACUGGAAGAUCUGUAUUUUUGUAUAUUUUCAACUGCAAAAUGGGAUUUAAUAAAUUAUGAGGAUGGAAACUUG